AUGGAGCCCUUUGCUCCUCCUCCUGGCUUGGACUUCAACAAGAUUUUUGUGCCCACGAUUGACACCACACGAUACUCAUACCUGGUCAAGCAGUUUUUGAGCAUGAGCCAGCCGAUGCUCUUCAUCGGUGAGAGUGGCACAGCAAAAUCAGUAACAAUGCAGAAUACCUUGGAGAGCUUCCCAGCAGACUUGUCUGACAACAUAUCAAAGCGCACAGGGCGAAUCUUUGGUCCAGAUCAGGGCAAGAAGUUGCGGAUUUUCAUUGAUGACCUCUCCAUGCCCAAGAUUGACCUCUACGGGACACAGCAGCCCUUAGCACUGCUGAAAUUCCUCAUGGAGAGUGGCUGGGCCAAAAAGAAUGGAAAGAAAGGAACGCUCCAAUUUUGGUGUACGGUGUUCAGGAAUGUUCAUGUAUGA